GGCAGGUCAUUUUAAGUGUUGCUUGGAGACCGUGACCUUCCUAGUAUAAACAAAAUGAAUACUAAAUAUUAAAAAAGUUUAUUGCGUUUCAAUCUUUUGACACCAGAUUACUAGGUUAAUUAGAAAUAUAAUCACAGUUAAGAGGAUGACUUAUCGACUAGGCUAUGGUUUAGUGAAAUGAAAAUCUAUCAGUUGUUCUAAAGUAACACCACAAGUAGACCUGCUGUACAACUGUAGUUAUAAAUGAACAAGUUUCUUUUUAUUUUACCACUACUAAUUCAUGCUGGGUUAUGGUUUUACUUUUAACAUCCAACUCGUAGGUGCAUUAUCCACUAGUUUUUACUUCUACUUCUAGCUGUUUAUGUUCUAGCUAGUAACAGUCAGAAGAUAUGCUAUAAAUAUUGGUCUACUAAUUUUUGUAGCUGGGUGCCAUUGAUUUUUAAUUAACAUCACUUAAAAGAAAACAAAUUAAGUAGAGCCUAUUAGAAUAAUUAGAAAUGUCAGGACUCAAUCGCCUACAGCUUCCAUUUUUGCCAGGAUUUUCAUUUAAAGAACCAAAUGAGACUAAAUUCAACUGUCCUCAGACACUGACCUACAAAAGUGGAUGUGCCAUUCCAGUUCCUAAUCAUGUGAUGUCUCCUCUUGAACAUUUACAACUUGAAAGUCAGCUGGGAGAAGGAAAAGUUCCUUACUUAACAUAUGGAAAGCAAAAAAAAGAUCCUUCAAACUGUCAGCCAUCUACUUUACCAAAUUAUGUUAUAUAUGAUAAGAAAGUUCUUAAGUUUGAUGCCUACUUCAAAGAGAACAUUCAGAACUCAGUGCUAGAAAAAUGUAGAAUCCGUCAUGUGCACAUCUAUUAUUACCUUAUAGAUGACACCAUAAGCAUAUCAGAACCUGUAAUGGAAAAUAGUGGAAUCCCUCAGGGUAAACUAGUGACUCGUCAGAAACUUCCCAAAAAUUGUGAAGGUGAAUUUUUCUUUUGGAAAGAUCUAAACAUAGGAACAGACAUCAUUAUCUAUGGGAGAACAUAUCAUAUUGUUGACUGUGAUAACUGGAGUCGUGAGUAUCUAGUAAGCCAAGGUAUUUAUGUCCCUCCUUCCAAACAAUUACCUGCUGACCCUUAUUUAAAAAAAAGGCAAAAAGUUCUUAAACAUCAUAAUUUUACUACUUCUUCAACUGAGGACAAGUUAUGGAAGCUGUUAAACCUUGAUCGUCAAGUUCUACGUUUUUACUGUGUUUGGGAGAAUCGAGACAAAAUGUUUGGUGAGCUCAGAUCUUUCAUACUGCAGUUUUAUCUCGUAGAUGAUACAAUGGAAAUCAGAGAAGUCCACAAACUUAAUGAUGGAAGGGACCCAUAUCCUUUGUUCCUUCAUCGUCAGAAGGUGCCAAAAGACAGAAGUAACAUACCAUCAUUGUUUCCUAUUGCUUCCAUGGAACCAAGUGAAACAGAGACUGAUAAUUGGUUCAAUGACUCAGAUUUUGCUGUAGGAAAAACUAUACAAAUAUAUGGACGAAAUUUCCUGCUAUAUGAUUGUGAUGAGUUUACCAAGAAUUAUUACAAGGCCAAAUUUGGUAUAGAAGAUUUUCAUCCUAUUGACAUUAAGACUGAGCCCGUUACUUUAAAAAAAAUUGAAACUCCACCAUACAAUGGAUUUGGAUCACUGGAAGAUUCCCUACAAUCCUGUUUUUCUUUGGUACCUCAGCCACCAAAAAAAAACAUUGUGAAAAUGUUACUGAAUGAUGGAAAAGUUCUCAGAUUUGAAGCAGUUUUGAAUUCUGUAUGGCCUAUUGACCAAAGUCGCAAGUUUAUCAUCUCUUAUCAUCUAGCUGAUGACACAAUCUCCAUCUACGAAAGACCAAUUAGGAACUCUGGUUUACUAGGUGGAAAGUUCCUUCGGAGAAUGCAGAUUGCUAAACCAAAUAGCAAUCCUAAUAGCCCCGAGUACUACAGUAUCCAAGAUUUCCAUUUAGGAGCAUCUGUGAGUGCUGCUGGUAGACAAUUCAUUAUAACUAAAGCUGAUGAUCUUACUCUGAAAUAUCUAGAAGAACAUGAACAAAAAUUUAAAGUGAAUGGUGUAUAUUCUGAUGGUCAGACACAGAAGAAAGAUAUUCAAUGUGGUACAGAUGAAGUAACAAGUCCAUAGGGCCUAGUAAAUAAUUACCUGUGAAAAUUUAGUCCUUUUAUUACAGGUUGAAUUGGACUAGUCUUUUAAAGUAAAAAUGCAAUUAAAGCUCAUAAAUUUGCAUUUAUAUUGAACAUUUUGUACAAGAAAAUACUGAAGCAACAGUUUUUCAUUCAAAUUACAACACAAUUUUGUAGAGGAAUUCUUGGAUAUUUCAUGGGUUUCAUGAUGUGUGACACAACUUUCCAAUAUAUGCCUUCAUCAUCUUAAAUUUCAAUAACUUGUGGCCCUCAGAAUAAGAGCUCAGUAUAGUGUUUGUAAUACUUUAUAAUGUUUGUGUUAUAGCAUUGUAUUAUGGAUUAGCUUACAAGUUCCUUAAUUGUUUGGUCUAAUUCUUGCAAUCAGAUAUCUCAUGAGUGCAUUCACCUUGACCUUUUACUAAAUAUUUAGCCUUAUAAAAUUUAUAAAAAACUUAUUCUACAUUUCUAAAUUCUUGAGUUAAUACCUUUUUUCAGCUGAAAAGUGUUAAGACUUAAUAUAAUUUGUGGAAUUUCUCACUUACUGCUGAUUAUGUCAUAAUGAUCAGUACAGUAGACUUCAGUUUAAUAUGCACUCUACUCCAACUACCCAUAUGUACAGCACAAAACAAAGAACAAUGUCUGUGGAACAUUUUCUUUGUUAAGAGGAUUUAUCUUGUUAUAAACACCAGUAAUAAUGAAAAACUCCCAUAUUUACUUUGUAAUCUAAUUACUGUGCAAAAAUUAAAAUGAAGAAAUUGUCAAAAGUGAUUUCUUAGAAAAUAAAGAACAAUAAUAAAAUUUCAUAAAGUAAGAA